CACAAAGUUUCAUGUUUUCAUCUUUAGCAAAUCUAUAAUUUAAAUCGAUAUUUUGCAAAUUGCAGCACAUAGCUUAUAAAUUUAAAUUAAGUUUAUCUUACUGUAACAAUCUGUAACACGUGAUUAUUCAUCGUUUAUUCAUACAUUCGAGAAACAUUCGGAUCAGAUGAUCUCUUUCGCUUUUUUCUUUAUACCGGGUCAAGUAUGAAGCACCUAAGCUUAGCAUUCGUUUUAAUUUUAUGUUGCGUUUGUGAAACGUGUCAUAGUUUACGAGAAUAUAAAAAAGAGGAUAUAAUAAAAUUAAGAGAAGAAGUGAGGGAUAUGUUCCAGCAUGCUUACGACAGCUACUUGCAGUAUGCAUACCCAUAUGACGAGCUACGACCUCUUAGUUGUGACGGUGUAGACACAUGGGGGAGCUACUCCCUAACACUCAUAGACGCAUUAGACAUGCUAGUCAUUAUGGGCAAUUACACAGAGUUCAAUCGCGUCGUAGACAUUGUACUCCAAAAACAAAAAAAUUUUGAUACUGAUAUCAAUGUAUCUGUGUUUGAAACUAACAUAAGGAUUGUUGGAGGUUUGCUUAGUGCUCAUCUUUUGUCUUACAAGUCAGGUAUGAAGUUAGAACCUGGCUGGCCAUGUAAUGGCCCUCUAUUACGGUUAGCAGAGGAUGUUGCUCAAAGACUCAUAUCAGCUUUUGACACUACAACUGGCAUGCCGUAUGGAACAAUCAAUCUAAAAUCUGGCGUGCCACCCGGAGAGACUAGCGUCACUUGUACAGCUGGUGUUGGCACCUUUAUUGUAGAGUUUGGCACUCUAAGCAGACUUACAGGAGAUCCCUUGUAUGAAGAAGUAGCUUACAAUGCUUUAAAGGCUUUAUAUCAUCAUCGGUCGCCAAUAGGCUUGGUUGGAAAUCACAUUGAUGUUAUGACCGGUCGCUGGACCGCACAUGACUCUGGCAUAGGUGGUGGAGUGGAUUCCUAUUUUGAAUACUUAGUCAAAGGAGCUAUACUUCUAGAGAGGCCAGAAUUAAUGUCAAUGUUUAUGGAGUCGAGAAAAGUAAUAGAUAAGUACCUGAAGAAGGACGACUGGUAUGUUUGGGCGACCAUGUUACGUGGCCAACUCACACUGCCCAUAUUCCAGUCGCUGGAGUCCUACUGGCCUGGAGUACUUAGCCUGAUUGGUGAGAGCGACACUGCUAUGAGGUUAAUACAUAACUACCACAGCGUUUGGAAGCAAUACGGAUUCACACCUGAAGUUUACCACCUUGGUACAGGGGAGGCGUCUACCUCUAGAGAGAGUUAUCCACUGCGACCGGAGUUGAUUGAAUCUAUCAUGUACCUGUAUCGUGAUACGAGAGACCCCAUAUUGUUGCAAAUGGGUGAAGAUAUAUUGAGGAGUAUACAACAUAGCGCUUGGACGCCAUGCGGAUAUGCUACGAUUAAAGACGUUCGCGACCAUCGAAAAGAAGAUCGAAUGGAGUCGUUCUUUUUGGCGGAGACAACGAAAUAUCUGUAUCUGUUGUUCGAUCCCGACAACUUUAUACACAACCCCGGUAUUCUGGGCAGGAUAGUCAACACUCCGAACGGCGAGUGUGUGGUGGACGUUGGGGGCUAUGUGUUCAACACAGAAGCCCAUCCUAUCGACCCCAGUAUGCUGUUCUGCUGCCACGAGGCGAGCAAAGGAGUCAACAUAAGCGAAGUACACAGAAUUUACGAAAUAUUGGAGGAGGAGGACAACAUACAUUUACAGACGCUCGACGCAGAGAACGAUAACAAAACUACGGCUAAGAAAGAUUUUAGAGAACAUUUAAUGGAAAAGAUAGAAAAACACGAGAGUGCCUCCCAGAUUAGGACGGAAUCUACGACGAGCUACUUGAACAUCGACGGAACCGAAAGGGGCGAAGAGGAUAAAUUCAGCAGCGAUAUAAAAGAAGAAUUAAGCAGCUAUUACAACGCGAGCGAUGAUACAGAGAAGGAAAAAGGAGUGGAAGAAAGCAAUAAGCGAGUAGACGUAGACGACUUGAUCGUAUCCCAACAAGACUUCAUGCCUCCGAGCGCCAGACAAGUGAAGGAGUCCAUCAAUUUGCUCCCGAAAGUUAUUCAGGACUUUUUGAACAUGGACGCCUGGCGGUCCAAGACCAAAUGUGAACCCCAGCGCCUGCUAGAACGGAUAAGGAGAGAGAAAAGGUAUCCCGAUCAUCCGGAUGCGGAUAAAUACAGUCUGCUCCUGACUCCGGCGCCGUCGUUCCUGCAGCGAAUAUCUCUGGCCGGCGAAUUCCUCUAUAAGGAGCAGUUGCAUGGAUAGCCGGAGGCUACCACCCUAGAAUCGGAGGAAUCUAGGGUGCUAGACUUUUUUACAGAGAGAAUCAAGGUAACGCGCUACGACUUUACAUAUGGAACUACUGUUAUUUUUUUGUGUUUCAUGUAUUAUUUUUUUUAGUGAGUAUGUUUGAAAGAAUACCGGGAAGCACAUUGAUCAGUGAAUUAUCAUUUUUUUAAAAUUGUGUAUAAAAUCGAUGUUGCUACAUCGUCAGUUAGGGUUAAAAGACUUUUGUAAUAUAACAAUAAUAGUAAGAAAAGAGUGUAAGAAAAAUAUAACAUAAUAUUCGUAGACGCGCUCAUCGGUUUGGAUUUGCGUUUAGAAUGUGCACGUCGGGCGUUUAUUCUCACGAACACACCUAUGCCAUGGUAUUAGGGUUCCGUACCCAAAGGGUAACAACGGGACCCUAUUACUAAG